AGGGAGAUAAAUGUUUAUUAUUUUGUAAAUAUCACGAAGUGUAAAUCUGACAGUAUCAGGGGCGUCACCGCGGGAAUGCCAAAACGAAACUAUAUUAUGAUGUUGCUUUGAUGUCUUUAGAAUUCCCAGUGAACAGCAGGUAAUUCAUCUUGUAAAGUUAAAAUGAAGAGUAAUCGGAUAAGUGUAGAUGGGGUGAAGUUUCUGCCUGCUAUCAUUGAUGGAAAUGUUGAUGUCUUACAAAAUCCCAAUUUUAUUAUAGUUAAAAGAAGUUGGCAGCCAGACCAGGAAGCUCAGUCAUGUCCGUUAUGUAAAGUUAAAUUUGGUGGUCUGAAACGACGACAUCAUUGUAGACAGUGUGGACAUGUUGUAUGUAAUAAAUGUUGUAAUGUGAAGAUACCAUUGCCACAACUUGCUAUAGAGGAACCUGAGAAAAUCUGUGAGUCAUGUCAACCUGUAACUGCUGCAGUAACAAGGUCAAGGUCACAUUUAGCAUCAAUGCAGCUUCAAUCAGCCGUGGAAUUAUCGGGAAUGUGUAAAAGCAGUGUAAAUCUUACCAAAGUAUUUGAAUAUGGAGGGUUUCAUACACUGUUGGCACAAAGUAAAGUUCAUCUAGAUACACCAAAUAUGAACAUAAUGACACAUAUAAUAAGUGCAUUACAUACUUUAUCAACUUGUGAACCAGUGCAGGACUUCAUGGUAGAUACAGGAAUUAUUAGAGCCAUUUGUCAAGUGUUAGACAAGGUGCCAGGUGAUAAAGAACAAAUUCUGCUGGAUGGAAUUAGUUCUCUGGUUAUUUACUGUAAAUCCAAAAGAUUCCUGCCCAAAGUAUUAGAGGCAGGAUAUCUACAGGUUGUAUUGAGAUUAUGUUGUAACACAAGUGAUACUGUAGCUGUGUUGUCAGUAAGUACACUAAGUUUACUAGUGGAGGACCCAUCUACACAUACUGCCAUCAUAGAUGGUGAUAAAGCUGCUCUACAGAGAAUCCUUAAACUGGCAGCAGCUGAAAACCCACAGAUGCAAGCUGUGGCAUUGAAAUGUUUGAACUAUUUGUCCAUGGGAUCAGACUGGAAUAAACAUAGAAUUAUUCAGGAAGAUUUUACUGCUGGGAAACCAAUGAAAACUGCUCUACAAACUGAGACAUUUAACAUGCAAGUGUGGGCCAAUGCUGCCUGCCUGGUGGCAAAUUUAGCUACAAGUGCGGAAGAUCAGGCACCUCUAUCAGACUGCCUGGAUUGUCUAGUGAGGUUACUCAAGUCAGAUAUGACAAAUGUUGACUUACUGUCACAUGUCACCAGGGGACUGGCAAACUUUGCAAAAUUUCCACAGAAUUCCAGUACUGUUGGUACAGUGUUACCAACAUUAGUGAGUAAAUGUUUGAACCAUACAGAUGAAACAAUAUCAAAACAUGCAUUAAGAGCUAUCUUACAUCUUCUAGUCAAUCAGUCUGAUAACACCAUUACAGAACUUCUUAUUGAGGGUGCAUCAGAAGUGUUCAAAAACAUAGCUAGGAAUCUGGACAUGACAGACGCAAUGUUUAAAGUUCUUCAAGACUUGUGUCCUGAUAUGGCCCGACCAUUGUGAUAACAACAAUAACAACAGGACAAUGAUACAACAUUAUUGUACAAUUGAUUUGUGGCGCCUUUGUGUAACCAUGCCAGGUUGUACACAGUGCACACCACUGUAUAAAUCAGAUACAUGGAAAUGAUACUGUUAUUCUAUGUAAAGUUAGAACUCUGAAUUAGCAUGAUGCAGAUGUAAUAAAUACAGGGGUUGUGUCAUCUUGACAGUUUAAUAUGUCAUUACCAUACACCACGAUACAUAAUCAUCUUUAAAUUUAUUGCUAUAAAUUUAUCAUUCUGCAAUGUCAUGCAUUUUUAUUACCAACAUUUAGAAUGCAAGCUAGUUGCUAACAUAGUACAUGCAUAUAGACCCCUACAUUGUCUGCCAAAGUCUGGCCAGAUUGUAUACUGUUUGUUUUACAAUUCUAGUCUCCAUUUUUUUAACCUCCCUCUGUAACUGUUUAAGGAUAGGUCUGAAUUAGAGCUGAACAUUUCUUUUACACAGAAUGAGCAAGGUCAUGGCUGGUGUUUAGUCCUUUAUAUAAGCUUUAUAUUUAUCAUUCUAGUCUUUUCUUAUAAUAACUGGUGCAAUACAAGGGCAUUUUAAUGAUAGAGGUUGUAUUAUAAAUGUCAGAAUUUUAAAUAAUGCUUUACUAGGCUACAUUUGAUAUUAUUAUUUUUAUCAUGCAAGUGUUAUCGGGCAGUUGCCAUGGCAGUUGCAUUAUUUUCAGGUUAGUAACCUGAUAUCAAAAAUAAGCCCUGCCUGUUACAAUGGACUUUCUUUCAAAAGCUUAUAUUCUCAUAUUUAAAUAACAGCCUUUAAAUUCUACAAUUUUAUCUCAUAUCCUUUCAAGUCUCAAUUAAUGUGCAAUAUUUACUAUUUUGUAGUAGUUUUCGAAUAUGAACAAAUUGGAUAGCAAAAGUUAAGUACCAAAUUAAUGAAGUGACGUCUUUAUUUGUUUCCAAAAUGACAUCAAUGAUGUCCACGUCAUAUUAUAAAAAAGACAAACAAGCUAGACAUUUUUCUUGGAAAACUUGUAAAUAUUUAAUUUGUUUCGCUAGAUUAUUAUUAAAUAACUGAGCAAAUUGUUUCAUUCAGAAAAUAAGAUGCUUUUGUUUAAUUGUCAAGUUGAUUUUUCUUUGUUUGAAACUGAAAUUAUUGUGAACUUAAGAAUUUGACAUUUCAAGGAAAAAGUGCAAUAAAUUUUAUAUGAUCCAUAGGGAAAUUUUUGAUCGAUGUGUAAAGAUUAAUAUCUUAUUGUAUUAAAUUUAGUUGUACAUGUAUAUAUUAUCAAAGGAAAAAAUCUAGUCAAGAGAAAAAAAUGGCCUCCAUUUACAAGGUAAAAAAGUUUUGUCUCCAUUUUAAAGUAGAUUGUUUUGUAAUUU